UAACGCUGGCUAAAGCGGAGAAACUCAUCGUAAACAGAGAAUUAGCAGGAGCGAGAGCUAAACUGAUCUCUGGCGAUUCCAAUCGUGUAAGCGUUUUGAACAGAUUAGGAAGGCGUGACAGCUUCGAAGUUUCCCGAGAUCGCUCACGGGGAAGAAGUCGAGAGCCGGCUAGAAAGAGAAGCAGAAGCCGUUCUGAUUCAUUUGAUCGCAGGAACCGUUCUUCACCCAGGACAAAGACCUUGUUUUGCAACUUCUGUCGUAGAAAAGGUCACACGCGUCGUUUUUGUUAUGACUUGAAGAACAAGAGUAAGACGGUCAAGUUUGUCGAUUCUCCUGCAGAAAAGCCCAAGAUGACUGAGUAUCAGAAAAGUUUGAGACGUCGUUUAAACAGAUCUGUUUCGGAUGACGAGAUGGAUUGUAUGCUAAUCUCAUCGAUCAACAGAAUUAACGAACCAUGUUUUCGCAAUGUUUAUGUUGACGGUUUGAGGUUGAAAAUGGAAGUUGAUUGUGGCGCUGCAGUUUCCGUAAUCAGUUUGGAGAUGUACGAGGGAGAUUUCGAUCAUAUUCCGCUACAAAGAUGCGACAAGAAGUUAGCAGUGAUCAAUGGAAGCCGUUUGAAGGUUGAAGGACAGAUUGAGGUUAAGGUCGAGCUGAAUGGACGCACAAAGACUGUUGACCUAAUUGUUUUGCGAAACGGCAGCGGUUUCACUCCAUUACUGGGACGAGAUUGGUUGGAUGUGUUUGUUCCAGAUUGGAGGAAGGCUUUCGGAAACAAUAUUAAUCAACUGUCGGUUUCACCAGAUCAGAUCGUUGCAGAGAUACAAAGUUUCCGUUGGAGGUCGGGUGUACCUGGCGCACCGCAAUCAGCUUAAAUUAUUUGGCACUCGCAAGAAGGGCCGAGCUUUAAUUUUUGCGAGCAGCCCAACACGAAAAAGAAGGGGGGAGGAUGAUCAGCAAGAGGACAUUGACGACGAAGCUAGCGAUUUUUAUGGUUUCGCAGCAGAUUCAUUCAUUUAUAGAGGUUCACCUAACGAUCAACCAAUGGUUUGUGAUUCGGACGAUGGUGAUUCGGAGAGAAAUAGUUUACCGCCUGGCAACAGGGUAGUGGACCCCCAGGAAGGCACGUCUGCGCUACAGUGUACGAAUCCAUCAGCGAGUUUAAGCCGUGAACCUAUUUGUUUGCGUCGUUCGAAUAGGACGAAGCGUCGUCUAGAAGAUCCUGAUUUCGUUUACUUCAAUAAAAACGUGUUUAAUCCACCUAACAGUGUGAUGAGACAUUUCUUAUAACUCUUAUCACUCUUCGGAUAUUAUAUCGUUUGAGAGCAUUUAGAACUUGAUACUUCGCAAUGUUUUUGAUAACACAUACUACAUGGGAUAGUGGCAGGACUCAGAGAAUCGCUCAAAUCAGCAUAGGACAACAUCAGUGCUAGAAAUCUCAAACCAAAUCAGUGGGAAAGCGAAAAAAUGGCCCAUAAAAUAGACAUACCAACGAAUUAUUGUUGAUGCUCUGUUAAUAAAAUAUCUAUAUUGUGGUGGGAAAACUGAAUUUUCCUAAAGGGGUUAUAUAUUGUACUGAAACAAAAAAAACGAAUUUUUUUUUAAUCGAUUUGAAGUUUAUAUUUUACUCAAAUUUCCAACGCGACUGAGAACUAAGAAAUUAACGCUUUUUCUUGAAAAGGACGAUACUAGCAGUGAUACCAUUCAAAGAAAAUCAACAGUGAAUAGUUCCAGACUUGGUUUCAUUUCCUAUUUGAGAACUAUUGUAUUUUUUGCAUCCUAGAUUGCAUGAUUCAGUGAUCGAAACCCAAAACUUCAUAAAGUAUUUGAAAUUAUUAAAUUAAAAUUUGUUUUUGCUAUUGAAAUUGACAAAAUGAUAGUAUCGCCCCUUUGGCGAUUGUUUACUUUUUCGGUCCCAUCCAUCAGCAUUGAAGUAUCGCCCUUACGUUUUUUUUACAAUAACUACCGUUUUACACCACCGAUUUCGUCCGUGUUUUUUCAAUAGAGAUCAUUGUUACUAUUUACAGCUGGUAUCAGCUUGAUAAUCCUAAAAAAUACGAAAAUAACAGUUUCGCCUCUAAACUGCUAGCAAAAAAAGUAUCGCCCUGUUUGUUUGCAUGGAGCGUGGAGGGCGAAACUUUAAAUAAACAAACAAAAAUACAGUUUCGCCUGUUAUAUUUUUUGCUGUAGUUUAAGAAAGCAGUAUCGUAGAAUCCAAAUUUUUAGGUUAAUUUGUUGCGUUUCAAAGCCCUCAUUCGCAUGUACGAAAAAAAGCCCUAUGUUUACAUUUGUAAGUAUCGCCCUUUUCACAAAAAAAGCGUUGAAAUGAAAUCGCAACUCCUGAUAUCACGCUAUCUCUGAAGUACAUGCGUGCAUAGUUUCAAAUUUUACUUCGACAUCGACUUUUUCUAAAGGUGACUUCCCAGUAGUAUUCUUGAUUUGAAUUAUUAUCGCUAAUCCUAAUGCAAAAGAACAAAUAAAAACCUCACGAAAACGAACCGUUUGGGAAAAUCAUCAUCAUUACUGGAAUUUUCAUUUUCACGAAACUUUUCGAUAACCUUCCGUCACUUGCGUUAAUGCACUGGGUGCACAGUAGGGUGACAGGAAAAAAAUGACCCCUAUCGGCCCACCUCUGCGUCGAUUCCUAGUCCCACCAGGAGUACUUGUACCUAAUUUGAAGCAAAUCGGACAAGUCUAACUACCGGACCAACGGGCCUGAAGUUUGUAUGGGAAUUUUCAAUAUACAUGGAGAAAACCCACUAGCACGCAUUUUCGCCGCUAGGUGGCACUGUAUGCAUCGUAUUAUCACUGUAAGUGAAAAUAAGAAGGAUAAUUGAAUUGUCUACAACUUAGUCGAAGACUGCAAGUAAAUCCGACUUUGUUAAAAGAAGUUAUUAAACUUUUAACGAAGUGAUGUCUGAGUCAGUUUUGCAUGGGGCCUAAUAGUGCAUGGUUGUGUAUCAGUACUCGAUUCACACGAACUAAACAUUUUUGUGAAAUAAUCGUUAGGUUUAGCUCAAUGGUAUGUUUACAAGAAUUAUAGUAAAUAAUACGAGUCAUGCUUUGAUUAGAAAAUUUUAGUUCCACCUGUUACCGCAUAGAGGGCGCCAACACUAACUUUUCAACGGAGAGAGAUAGAAAUUUGGUGUCUUCUACAAAGUUAUAGAACAGGCAUUUUUCAGUAUUUCUUCUGAACAUCUUGAUACUCUAUCUAUCUUUUAUGCAAAGUUAGUAGUGGCGCCCUCUAUGCGGUCACAGGUGGAACUAAAAUUUUCUAACCAAAACAUAACUCGUAUUAUUUACUAUAAUUCUUGUAAACAUACUAUUCGGCUAAAUCUAACCAUUAUUUCACAAAAAUAUAUAGUUCGCGGGACUCGAGUACUGAUACACAACCAUGCACUGCUAGGCCCCAUGCAAAACUGACUCAGACAUCACUUCGUUAAAAGUUUAAUAACUUCUUUUAACAUAGCCGGAUUUACUAGCAGCCUUCGACUAAGUUGUAGAUAAUUAAAAUAUCUUUCUUAUUUUCACUUACAGUGAUAAUACGAUGUAUACAGUGCCCCCUAGUGGCGAAAAUACGAGCUAGUGAGUUUUCUUCAUGUAAAUUGUUGAAAAAUCCAAUAUAAACUUCAGGCACGUUGGUCCGGUAGUUAGACUUGUCCGAUUUGCUUCAAAUUUGGUACAAGUACUCCUGGUGGGACUAGGAAUCGACUCAGGGGUGGGCCGAUUGAGUUUUCAAAAAUUCAUCAUUUUUCUGGGCAGUCUAGUGCACAGUGCUCUAAAAAUCUAGCGAAAUCGUCUUAGGGCACCAGCGGGUCUGUAAAGAAUACUAAAAAUUAAUUUCUAUUCCAAAAUUUUCAGUUCAGCAAUUCGAGAGAUCGUGCUCACCGCAAGCCAUGAAAAAUAGACUAAGUUGUGAAGCGAUGGUCACUAUUUAUUAAAAAAUCACGGUUGAAUAAAAAAUAAAACUAUUAAAAAAUUUCAAAUAGUUUAUAAUUUUCACAAACUUAUUAGGAAAAAUUGUUUAAUAAGCUUUCGUAAUAUUGUGUAGGAAAAAAGCUGAAAAUUUGAAAAUAAAUCUGAGGAUUAUGAUUGAUUACAGAACUCUGGAAUUUUCUAUUGGAAUGUUUUCAGGCAGGAAUUUGA